ACAUAGACAGAGAAACGUUUAAUCGAUUUGGUUUUGUUAUCUUCGAAGUUCUUGAUAAAAAUGUUCAAUAGAGAGCUUUAAAGUUUACUAUUCGCCUCACUCCACCUCAAUUGCAUUUAUUUAUAAAAAGUUUAAUUAAAUUAAUUUUCAGCAGUGUACACACCGCUGCUGACUUGAAAAUACCUUUGAUCGAAAAAUAUUUGUUUGCCUUUUACUCAAUAAAAGAUCACUAUGGAAGCUAAUUUAGAAAAAUACCAUAAUGUGGUUGUUGAUUUGGUUAAAAAAUGUGGUGUUAUAUUUCGUGAGGGCUACAACCAGAACAAAGCUGAAUUUGUAACGAAAUCAAGUUUCUAUGAUCUUGUAACAGUUUAUGAUAAACAAAUCGAAGAUAUUCUUGUUGAGGGAAUCAAGAAAGAAUUCCCAGAAAGUAAAUUUAUUGGUGAAGAAGAUUCGGCUGUGAAUAAAAUUGAACCUGAAUUGACGGAUGAGCCAACUUGGAUAAUUGAUCCAAUCGAUGGGACGACUAAUUUCAUAAGAAGAAUACCGCUGUGUUGUAUUUCGGUUGGAUUGAGUAUUAAGAAGGAUUUGGUGCUGGGAAUUGUUUAUGAUCCAAUUAAUGAUGAGAUGUACAGUGCAUAUAAGGGGAAUGGAGCUUAUCUGAAUGGCAAAAAGAUAAGUGUGAGCAAUCGAAAAGCGAUUAACGACUCAAUUAUUGUUUAUGAAAUCUCAAUGAUCCACUCCAAAAGAGUACGGGACAAAAAUGUUAAGAGAUUAACAAAAUUGGGUUCAAAUUCUUCAGGAAUUCGAACUUUUGGAAGUGCUGCUCUAUCUUUAUGUUACGUAGCCAAAGGAAUAGUUGAUGCUUUCCAUGUUGAAGAUCUACAACCAUGGGAUGUUGCAGCUGGAGCUGUUAUAUUACGUGAAGCUGGUGGUGUUAUUAUUAAAAGUGAUGGUUCCGAAUUUGAUGUAAUGAAACCCUAUUUGACUUCCGCUUGUUCAACAGAACUUUUAGCAGAUGUAACUGCACUAAUUAAGCAAGCCAAUGAGAUCACAGAAUAUACUGUUGAGUGAUAUAAAUUUAUUCAAAUAUACUCAAAAAAUAUAAAGAUUUGUUAAAAAAUGUAUUAAAUAAAAAGAAAAUUUAAUUAAAAUUA